GGGUAGUCGAAGGCCAGUACGCCGAUGCAUCAGGCAGUACCGGAGGCUAGCAAGCACGAGAGAGAACGGUGACCGCUGACCGCUAGACGUUCAUUCCACUUCGAUUUUCUCCAAUAAACGAAUUUCACUCAGUAAUGUGAUCGGUUUCGGACGUUUUAUAGUUUUUUUUCCUCUCGUUUCCUUUUGGUUGUUAGUGCCAAUUGCGCUAUGACUCGCCGAUCUCCGGUGGUGUUUGUUGGUUUAGUGGCGGUGUUGGUGUACGGAGUUAGGACUGAAAAUUGUCCGCCAGGGAGUACCGGUGGAAAUUGCGCUUCGACGUCUUCCUAUGAUAACGAUGUUUACCAACCACGGACGAUGCAAGAUUUAACCGCGCACACCUCCAAGCCCCCCGAGCGACCUCAAGCCAUGAGCAUGCUGGCCGAAGACUCCGACAUGGGAUUCCAACCCACCCCGCUGCCGUCGGUGGAGCCGCUAUUUCCCGAAACUUCGACUGCAAGCAAUGAGAUAUCCGACAAGAACGCUACCGGCCCCGUCGAAGAGCCCAAGGGCAGGGCGUUGAAUUUCACCAUGUCGAAGCACGACGGGGAAAACGUCUUGCACAAUGCAUCGUCGAUCGAUACCGAUCUCAGCGAUGUUACCAUCAACGAUGACGAUAAUUUCGAUAUGGAUGUCGUGCAACCGAAGAUCUUGGCCCCCAAGACCGAGUUAAAGAACGUUUCUAAUGCUGGAGCCUGCCAGCAAGGAGGGCUGACAUACGAACACGGCUAUAAAAUAGAAAAUGGAUGCGAUUCCAUAUGCACUUGUCUAAACGGUACCAUGAACUGUACCGACAGAUGUGCCCAACCUUUCAUCAGAAAAGGCAAGAAAAUCAACGAUCCCCUGUGUUUCGCGCAGUCCACAGACGACAUGUGCUGCUCGGUUUUAGUAUGCGCUGGAGAUACAGAAACAGAACCAACUGAGCACUGCUCGUAUAAAAAUGAAACAUUUAAUAGGGGAGACAUCUACAAGGAAGGGUGCAGCGAAAUUUGUACUUGCGAAUCCGGUGGUAAUAUGUCAUGUAAACCAAGGUGUCCCCCGGUUACAAAGCCCAACGACAGGUGCGUCGAGGUGCCCGAUACGUCGGACACGUGCUGCAAGAAGAUGCUGUGCGACGUAACCCUGGAAGAUAAUGAAUCCGAGAAAGAAGACGAAAAAGUGAGGAGAGUAACAUCGGCGAGAUACGUAAAUUCGACGGCGGUUUCUUUGAAAUUCGAUCCGAGCAUAGAUCCACAGGAAAGUUCGGUCGUUGUGGAAGUCAGCGACGACAAAACCAAUUGGAUAAAACACAAAGUAAUGGGCGGAUUCGUAACGUUAGAAAACCCCGCUAGAUACCUGAAACUAGAAAAUUCUGACGAGAUAACUAACAUCCAAAACUUCGAAGGAAACCCCAAAGAGUCGGUGAAAGACAAAUCCAGCGCAACUGGUUGCAAGUACAAGGAUAAGUUCUUCAACAUAGGCGACGAAUAUAACGAUGAUUGCGAAUCUUUGUGCGUGUGCGAAAUCGACGGAAUGAAAUGCUUGAAAAUGCAAUGCCCGACCUACUUCGGUGUAGAUAUUAUCGAUCCGAACUGCAUAGAAUGGGAAACGGUACCGCUGGAUUUCGUACCGAAACCGCCUCGUUGUUGCCCCAGUAGCGUCAAAUGCAAGAAUAAUGGUUCCUGCGACUACGAAGGGGUCGUUUACAAGAAUUGGGAGCAAUUGCCUAUAAACGUCACCGGUUGCGAGAAGAGGUGUUACUGCGAAAUGGGUAAAGUCGAGUGCCAAAAUGCUUGUCCUCCGGUGACUGCUCACCCUCCACCUAAUCUGCCCUGUCCACCAAGCAUGGCUAGGAUCGAUCAUCUACCGGAUGAUGAUUGCUGCAAGUACUGGGUUUGCGGUCAUAACGAUCAAAAUCAAGUGACGGACGACAACGUAGCGGAUAAAGACAAAAAAAACAUUACGAAAACUCCAUACAACGGACCAUUCUCCUCGAAACCUCCAUCUAAAACGCUAGGACCUCUAGCAGUUUACGAAAACGAACCAUCGAAAAUAUCAUCGCAGGAAAAUCCGUUCUAUCACAAUAUCUCAAAUAACAAUAAUAGCGGCAAAAAACCUUCGAUUAAAUCCAAAAACAAAAAGCCUGCUAUCUUCGUAACUCAGCCAAAUUUGGCAGUCGAAACGACUUCCUCUGCUCCCGAGGUUCAUUCGGAAAUCGAAAUUCACGGCCACGGUAAUCCGGAGGAACUUCUGCAAUUCAUAAACCGUCAUCCGGAACUUAGUAACUAUCCUUCGGGGUCGGUUUUAGAGAUCCACGAUUUCCCCGCUGCAUCCAAACCGGCGCCUAAUUCCAUAUCCAAUGCGGAUAAGUCGAAUAUACAUUUAGUUCCCUAUGUCAUCCCGCAAGGCGGACACAAUGAAAAUCUUCCGCCUGGAUUAUCUCUAGAACAUAUAUUGAACGAGUUUCAUAAAAAUUCUUUACCUAAUGGACAAGUAUUUAGUAAUAUUCCUCAUGUUGAUAGACCUUUCUUGGGACAACAAAAUAUACCAUUGCCUAGUAAAAUCAACGUGUCACGACCAGGAAUCAACGGAUUUCCAGGUCAGUUCCCGGGAUACCAACAACCUGAUGACGACAUUCUCGUUCACACCUUGGAAGCAAUCGAUCCUCAUACUGUCCGCCUGGCUUUCAUGGUGCCUCCUGUUAUAGUAAAUUUACACGGACGAGUAGAAGUAAGAUAUACCAACAAAAAGAACGACGAUGAUUUGGACUCGUGGAUGCUGCAAGUAUUUGCGCCGCCUAAUGACUUGAUCGCCACACCGUCAUUAGAAUUCGACCUGCAGGAUUUGCAACCCAACACCGAAUACAAAAUCAAAAUAACCAUAACACUGCGCGACAUACAUACCACGCACAGCAGUAGAAUCUACAAGAUCAAAACGCCCAGGGAAGCGACACCGACGACCACCUUACCCCCAAUGAUACCCAUCGAGCCGGACCUCGCCAUCACCGACAUCAAUUCCACCUGGGUGACGGUGGUGUGGAGGAAAUUCGACGACAACGAGCUGAGGUUCAUCGACGGCGUGCAGCUGAGAUACCGGGAAAUCGACGGGAAAAUCUACGCGGCGACGCCGCUGAUCUACAGGGCCGUCACCAGCUACACUUUAGAGAAGCUCAAGCCGAAUACCAAGUACGAAAUCGGCAUUUUCUUCAUACCGUUUCCCGGACAACUUACUGAACUCCACGCGGAGCAUAUGCUUCACUUCACCACUGCUAACGAGGUAGACACUUACGGAUUCAACGUUACUUUGGAAAUAUCCUCGAUCAAAUCGCAAAGCGUCGAAAUAAUUUGGAACGGCGUUCCCUAUCCGGAGGAUAAGUACGUUAAUAUCUACAGGGCGAUCUACCAAAGCGACUCCGGCAAGGAGGAUGAGAGUUUGUUCAAAAUAGCGAAGAGGGAUUCUCCAACCAAGACGAUCAUCAAAAAUUUGAAACCUGGUACUAGGUACAGGCUGUGGCUGGAAGUUUACCUAACUAAUGGCAAAAUCAAAACUAGUAACGUGCAAGACUUUAUCACGAAACCUCGGACAGUUCCUGUUUUAGGAGCAUCUACGCAGCAAGAUAAGCUCGCUAGGGCGGAGCACUUGGAAUCAAAGGGCGAUUAUUACGGACCUCUAGUCAUCGUUGCCAUAUUGGCAGCUAUUGCUAUUAUGAGCACAUUGGUGUUAUUGCUCAUUUUAAUACGACGACACAAUCAAAAUAAGGCUGCCAUCACUCCACCGUCCAGGGUUAGUCAAUCCGCCUACGAUAACCCGACAUAUAAAGUAGAAAUCCAACAAGAAACUAUGGGCUUGUAGCAAUGAUGACCUGGAAGAAAUAUAAUUUGUACAUAAUUUUAUAUUUAAAUUUAGUAUUUAAAGUCCUACGUGUAAGUAUUGUAUUUGUAGAAAAC